CCCCGCCGUGAUAUUACCGGAAUAUUGCUAAAAGCGGGUACCAGUGGGAGCACAUGAACGGCAGGUGUGGGCUGUGCGGUGACCCUUAUGAUCAACGACCUCGACCUCACGAAGCUGGAGGCAAAUACGCCAAGGGUAUCGUGACCGAGACCUAUCUCCAAGGGCAGAUAAUCAACGUGAAGAUCGAGGUGACCGCUAAUCACGGUGGCGUCUUCGCGUUCCGCCUCUGCCCUCUGCUGUGGUACAUGGGGGAAGCCAAUGAGCCGUGCUUUGAGCGCAACAAACUCCUUCUCGCUGACAGCAGUACCGAGUUCAUCAUCCCCCCUCCCGCUGUCGCCAAGGUGUACACCAUCCCCCUAGUGCUCCCGAGAGGCGUCAUUUGUACCAGGUGUGUCAUACAGUGGAAGUGGACCACAGCCAACUCGUGGGGAUGUGACGACAACACUGACUGCUGCAUUGGUUGCGGGCCCCAGGAGCAGUUUGUCAACUGUGCAGACAUCGCCGUCAUUCCCGCCAGGAGGGGGCAACGAUUCCUACCCCCGAGGCCAGUAAAGCCUGCCCCUAAACCCGUGCUUCAGAGGGACAAGAAGGUCGUUGUCUUCGGCUCUGACGGUAAACCUGUGCCCGACUCAGUUGACACCAAACCAGUCCCUGUCCACAGUCAAUACCAACAGAAUCCGCGUUCAUGGCCUCCACCGGCGAGAAUGCAGCCCCCGUACAGACCCCCUGGGCCCGGUCUACCGCACGUGUAUAACUCGUACAUCCCCAAACGGCCUCAGCUUCAGUCGCCCCAGACUGGUUUGUCAAAUCAAUACAUGGGACCAUCAUACAGUUCCAGAACAGCUCCCCUGGCGCAACCUCCUCCUCAACCUGCCUCUCCAUCAGUGUACAAUGCAUACAUCCCCAAAGCGGAAACAGCCCAGUCGCGUCACAUGGGGCAACCUUAUAGUUCAAGACCUGUAUUGAAACCUAAGGUGUCUGAGCCCUCUGACAGAACAGCCCCUGCAGAUUCUCCUAUCGCUGAAACCGGAUACGGAAGUCCGAAGGCAAUAUCCGAGUCCGAUGUACAGAGUACCCUUUUAAGUCAGCUUGCAUCUCUCAUGAGAAGUGGGAAACCGCCGAGCUGCCAUCCUAAAUUCCCGUCUCUCAACGUGGAUUGCAACAGAAACUGUUCGCCGAAUGGGAAUCACUGUGUCGCUAGGAAAGCCUCCGAGUCUCUCAACACUGCCUGCAUGUUAUUGUGUGCCGUCGCCGUGUGACGCCUGCAGGGUGAACCAGCAGAUAUGUGUGUAUAUAUGUGACAUAACGAUUGUUGCAAUGAUUGGACCCAUUACAAAAGCACUUGUCCAGCGAUGAGUGUCAGUUAUUGCUGGUAUAUAUCUGUAUAUAUGUAUAUGUUUUUAUCCCAUAAAUACUUCAUCCGCAAGAUGAAUGGAUUGCGAGGUGCGUCUUGCAGAAUAGGGCAGAAGUCAGAGUCCGGUAUCAGAUCUACUCACAAAACUGAUGUUGGUCCACUGAGUACAUCAAUGAUUUAUAAACUGUAUAUCCAUCAGGAUUGACAAACCAUGUUAUGAUGUAUUUUCAACAAUCCAUGCUUCACGUGACUAUUUAUCCAGUAAUUUGUACAGACGUCUCCACUGGGUUUAUUCCGUAACCUACCUUCCACAGCUGCGGUGACUCUGAGAGUGUGGGUUCCUGGGCGGGACUCAACCAAAGAAAAGUACUGGAAUCUGUACUCUACCGAGAAAGUGUAAUAUUAACGGAAAUAAGAAAAAUAAAGUUGCCUUAGUAA